CUUUUAAUAACUUUUAAACUAUAGUAAGCUGGGAAAGAAACCUUCCUUUUUCGUAUUUAUGCUUGAUCAUCUUUAUUUCAACUUAUUCAUACAAAAGCAAGUCACCAUGUAAUGCAUUAUUCAAAUUGUUUCCCUUUCUCUCUUUACAACCAUCUUUUCCCAAGCACGAUCAUGACAAACCGCCAAGUUAUUUUGCAUUGGUAUCCUCAAUCUCCUUUUGCUCAAAAAGUUGCCUGGGCUCUUUUGUACAAGAAGGUGGAUUUUAAGAUUGUUUUGAUAACGCCCAUUGAGCCUCGUCCACUCCGUCGCCCUCUUGAUGGUGGUUAUAGAAAGACGCCUAUACUUCAAAUCGGCAAUCAUACAUUCUGUGACAGUAAGAUCAUUUUUGCUGAACUAGAACAGAGAUUUCCGGAACCAAGCUUCUAUCCAAAGGAUACUGAUGGUGUUUCUAGUGAAAACUUGAUUAAGGGCCUUGCUCGCUGGACUGACAGCUCAUUAUUUAGCUUGGUGGCAUCACAAAUUCAAAUGGGUGCGUUAGGUAAAGAAUUCCUUGAAGACCGCUCAAAGUUUGCUGGUCGCAAGAUUGACCCCGAGAAGUUGAAGUUUACCAUUCCAUUCAUGAACCAAAGCUUGAAAGCUGAAAUUAAGAUUGCUGAACGUUUUGUAAGCGAACGCAACAAGAAUGGUGAGCUGUGGGCUUUAGGAACCAACUCAUUAUCAUUGCUCGAUCUUAAUUUUGCUAUGAUUACCUGGUUUGUCAAGAGUUUGAUCGGAAAGGAUUGGAUAAAUGCCAACGUGCCCGUCUUGGGCCACCACUUGGAAAAGACAUUAAAGGCUGUGGAUGCUGGCAAACUGAAAAAGAUUGAAGCUAUUUCACCUGAAGAGGCAUUGAAAGUAGCAAAAGAACAGUCUUUUGGUCUGUCUAACGCAACUCAUGAUGGUUCUUUGAAUAUCCAGUUAGGAAAACUAGUCUCCAUCUCGCCUACAGAUUCUGGAAUAAUUCCUUCUAUUGGCGUACUUGUUCAUAGUACUGUAAAUGAAACAGUCAUUGAACACAAGGAAGAAAAAUAUGGAUUCACUUCUUAUACACAUUUCCCUGUUGUUGGUUUUGUUGUUCUUCCACAAGUUUCAAAGUUGUAAAACCAAGCAAAGCAAAUGCAAUGUCGACUUAAAAAUAAAGA